UAUAAGCGGUGACAAGCGAUGGAGAAAUCAUCUUCUGGGGUGCAUUCACUACAGCAAGAGCAUCAAGAUGAGGUGUUUCUCAGUUAUCGCACUCCUUGCUGCAUGCAUUUCUGCUGCAACAUGCAUGAGCUAUGGAAGUUAUGGUGGCGCCGCUGCAGCCUAUGAAGCUACAGCUGGAGCUGCCCAGCAGUAUGGCAUGGAACAGUCCCAGUCCCAAUACAGCGCAAGUCAGCAGGAAUCAUCAUCAUCAUCCAGCUAUGAAUCUACAGAAUACGAUUAUGCUGCAGGUGCCACCAGUGGUUAUGUUGGUCAAUCUGCUCAAGCUGCAGGAGCUGCUUAUGGUGCUGCCACUGGCGCUGGUUAUGGUGUCGCUGGCGCUGGUUAUGGUGCUGCUGAAGCUGCUUAUGGUGCCGCUUAUGGCAGUUCGGCUUAUGGAGCUAGUAUGGCCAGUGGAGCCUCAAACUACGCUGCCGCAUCCUCCUCCAAAUUCAGCUCCGCUUCGUCAAUGGCUGCCUCUUCAGCUUCAUCUAGCGCCGCCAUGUCAGCCUCUGCCUCUUCCUAUCAGGCCAGCCUCGACUACUACCCAAAACUCAGAACUAUUCCUUUCUUCAACAACGUCUUCCAGGCCAUGUCUUGUGAUGACAUCUCAUCUUACAGCAGCGUAAGUAACAUAACCCAACCUAACAAUAACAAAUCAACAAAUACAAAUAACCAUUCACAAUGUUGUUCCAGCCAGCUAAAGUGCUUUUUGCUAACUCUGGUUUUAUCUAACAGAUCUGUUAAGAGAUGUAAUUAUUUACUUAUUAUAAUGAUUCCUUCAUCCAUUCCUUAUAUUUAUCUUUUCAUUUUCCAGACCAGCAUGUUCCAAAGCAACUCCCUGUUUAAGAGCUACUUGAGUUGUGCCACCGGUAUGAGCUUCUCAAGCUUCCAAGGUGCCGAAUUCUCUAGAGUUUGCUCUGCCUUCUCAUCGAACAAGGGUGCUUUUGUCGGACUCGUCAGGAACUUUGCCAGACGCGGUUACAUCUACAAAUCCAGCUUCGCUACCUCUCUUUUGUCCUACACACAAUCCACAGAGAUGUGGAGUGCUGCUUCCCGUUUCUCUUCAUUCUCCAACAUGCAGACUUGGUCACAGUGUGGAAUCAACGCUUUCUUCCAGCACAAGGCUUACAGGAGUUAUAUCAUGAAUUUCUGUGGUGUUCAAUCCUGGGACGAAACUGCUAUUUCAAGAACCCUUUCCGGAUACUUCAGAUCUAACCCAGUCGCAACCUCAUUGUUCUUCAGACAUCUUCUCCUCAACAGGGUGAGCUCAUCAUGCUCGUUCCAGCAGUACGCCGCUUUGAACCAACAGUCGUACAUGGCUACCAGAAGCUCCAGCUUUGCCUACUACGGAGGUUUCUACAAUGCCUUCCAACAAUCAUCAUCGUCAUCGUCAUACGCCAGAACACAAAGCAUGUCAUCUUCUUCAUCAUCAUCAAUGAGCUCUUCCUCCUCAUCUUACUCUGCCUCAAGGUCAUACCAAUCAGUCCAGCAGUACUACAGCUCCACCCUCUACCAGAGCAGCCUCUUCCGUGGAUGCUUCGAACUUCAAUCCGUUGACACCUCCAAACAAGCCGGUUUCUACAGCAGUGUCUUCAGCCAGGGCUACGACUAUUCAAGCAACUUCGGAACCUGCUUCCAAGAUGCCUACUACCGUAAAUACUUGUUGGCAUGCACUGGAUAUUACGGCGAAUACAACGCUCAGAUGAGCAGCACCCUCUUCUCUUACGCCCAGCAGCAUCCAGGAUUCUUCGCCAGGAGUACCAGGCUUUAUGCUAGAAACGGUGCUUUCUUCUCAUCACAAAUUGGAAAAAUGUUCGUGGACCAGAAUUCCAACUUUUUCUUCUCACAGCAGGUCCAACAGUACCGUUCGCAAUUCUUGAGCGUCCAAGCUUGGAAUUCAUUUGGACUGGCCAAUCUCUUCCAAUGUCGUUACUACCAACGUAAAAUCUGCAGCUUCUUCGGAUUCUCUUCCUACAACUACCAUCAAGUGUCCAAUGCGUUUAUCUCACUCUUCAAUACCAACUUCUCUGGAGGUCUUCUUGCUUUGAGACAUUUGAUCUACAGGAAAUACAUCGGCUCUUCCUUCAACGUCCAGGCCUACCGCAGUCUAAGAAGCUACAGUUAUGCCAGCUCUCUGGCCUACAGCUGUCCAUUCUACUCGCAGUGGUCUAGCUACUGCAGUUCCUUCUCACAGAGAUCGCAGUUCAGUCGCUCAGCUGCCUCCAGUCGCUCGGCUUACAUGCAGCAGCAGCAGUCAGCUUCUAGCUCAAGCACCAGCUCCUACCAGGCUGGUGCCCAGUCGGCAGCUGCUGGAUACGCUGCUCAGUCGGGAUACGCUGGUGGAGCCUCUGGUUUUGGUGGAUACUACUGAGAAGCCCAACAUCUUGCACCAUCUUGAUGGCACACUCUGUAGUUCAACUACAUACAACAUAUGCAUACCCUGUAUCAUUACUAAUAAAGUAACAGCAACUUAAAAA